AACGAAAAGAAUAUGCACAUCUUGAGCUAAGAAUUUUUUUAAAAAAAAUUGUUACAGAUUUAUAGUAGUAAUAAAUCAUCACAGUUCAGUCACACAUAUUGGUAUCAAUAAUUACAUGAAUUAUAUAUUUAAAAUAACAUACAUGUAACCACGCGUUAUGUACUUAACAUCAUAACUAUAUUUGGUCGUUGUUGGAAAAAUAGAUUGGACAUUAUAAUUCGAUAAUCUAGCCUAAACUCGGCCACUUUCAAACAGAAAACUGACCCCUUUCAAAUAGAAAAUGUCUUUUUUUUGUUGAUUUUAAUUGGUUAAAUUGACUAUAAUCCAUUUUUAUUUGGUUCAGAUUGAUCUUGUUGAAUUCCAAAUAUUUGGUCCACUUUUCUAGCAAUAAAAUAUAAUUAUAUCACACAUUUUACGUUAACCAUAUAGUUUGUGUAGUUAAUAUUGUGUAGAUGUGUGACUAUGUGAUUGCUUAUAGCUGGUAUAGUUGACAAUUUAUUUUUUAUUAUCCGAGUUGAUUAGAAUCCAAUCUGGAUUAGUAUUGCUUAUAGUUAUUUAACUUAUUUUAUUAGUAUUAGUAAGACCAUAAUGCCAAUAAAGUUUUAAAUAAUAGUGUGAGAUAUUAUCUUGACAUUAAACAAACACAUGUUGACUGUUAAGACUUUUGGACGUUAUUAUUUUAUCACUCAAAAUUAUGCAUGCCAAACUCGUCUUAAUACUUCAUUCACAUCGUGCAGUGUGCACCACAGGUCACAUGUGACGUAUACUAACAAAUCAUUUAACCAUAUUAUAUACACAUAAUUAAUAAUUAUAUUGAUUGUACAACUACUCCAUACUAUAUAAUAUGUCUAUAAUAUAUAGUGUCUGGUGUGGAUUUAGAGAAUCAUCGGCUGAUUUUCUCUUCAUCACUGAUUAUAUCCUUCAAACUAUAAAAGGGUUGACUUCCUUUUCUUUCUUAAGGUCAAAUCAAAGAGGGACCAACAUGGAAGAUGGUUGCAUGAUCAAAAAAGAUGUCACUGAAUUGAUUGGUUACACACCAAUGGUGUAUCUGAACAGAAUUGUUGACGGUUGCGUAGCCCGUAUAGCUGCUAAGCUUGAGAUGAUGCAGCCUUGCUCUAGCGUCAAAGACAGAAUCGCUUAUAGUAUGAUUAAAGAUGCAGAAGACAAAGGCUUGAUUAAGCCUGGAGAGAGUACGUUGAUAGAGCCAACGGCUGGUAACACUGGGAUCGGUUUAGCCUGCAUAGGAGCAGCAAGAGGCUAUAAAGUAACUCUCCUGAUGCCGUCAACGAUGAGCUUAGAGAGGAGAAUCAUUCUAAAAGCAUUAGGUGCAGAGCUCCAUCUCACAGACAUGAGCAUAGGCAUUAAAGGACUGUUGGAGAAAACUGAAGAGAUGCUAAACAAAACUCCUGGUGGUUUUGUUCCACAACAGUUUGAAAAUCUUGCAAACCCUGAGAUUCAUUACCAAACCACUGGUCCGGAGAUAUGGAGAGACUCAGCAGGGAAAGUAGAUAUUUUCAUUGCUGGUGUUGGAACUGGUGGAACGGUUACUGGAGUAGGGAGGUUUCUCAAGGAGAUGAAUAAAGACAUUAAGGUUAUUGCUGUGGAACCUACAGAGAGUCCAGUACUCAGUGGAGGAGAACCAGGUCGACAUUUGAUACAAGGGAUUGGUGCUGGUAUCAUCCCAGCCAAUUUGGAUUUAAGCAUUGUUGAUGAAAUCAUUCAAGUGACUGGUGAGGAAGCUAUUGAAACAGCCAAGCUUCUUGCUCUUAAAGAAGGAUUGCUGGUGGGAAUAUCCUCUGGAGCAGCAGCAGCUGCUGCGUUGAAGGUUGCAAAGCGGCCAGAAAACGCAGGCAAACUCAUUGCGGUGCUUUUUCCAAGUGGAGGAGAACGUUAUUUAUCAACCAAACUGUUUGAUUCUGUUAGAUUUGAAGCAGAGAAUUUGCCGGUUGAAUGAGUGGCCAUCUGUGACUCGGUUUGGUUGUGAUACAAGAUGUUUGUACCAAGAUUACAGUCUGAUUAUUCCUGAUCAUUUGUAAAAUCUAUAAAGUUGCAUAUUCAUGUGCAUACUUUAUGUUUAUCUUCAUCCUAUAAAUGAACACCAAUAAAACAGAAUAAAUAGCACGAAAGAAGGUACAACGUUUUGAUACCAAA